GUCAAGUAUCGCUGCAAGGUACAUCUCUAGUUUGGGUGUGUAUCCACUUUUUAUUCGUCAACUUUUGCUCGAUUUUGGCCUGUAGCGUUCGAGACUAAAAAAACAUAUAAAUCGGAGCUGCCAGCCAUUAAGAUCCAUCCAAACCAGUAUACCCAGAAUAAGAUAAGCCCUAAGGCUAAGCCACACAAGCACAAGCACACACUGAACAUCCUGUAAUUGCAUUUCCCAGUAUCCGUAUCACUGAGAACCUUUUCAACCAUAGGCCUAUCCGAGACAGCCAUCAUGGACGUAAUGUCAUCAUCCCUGCAGCAGCAGCGCGUCGUGGUGGAGCAACUGCGUCGCGAGGCGGCCAUCGACCGCCAGACAAUCUCGGAGUCGUGCGCCAAGAUGAUGAAGUACAUCACGGAGCACGAGCAGGAGGAUUACCUGCUGACCGGGUUCACCAGCCAGAAGGUGAAUCCGUUCCGAGAGAAGUCAUCUUGCACCGUUCUCUAAGGAGGCGGAUGUUUGCAGGAGAGUGGGAGUUCCGCUGAAACGAGGAAGUUCAGGAUUGCCAGCGGAUGUUUAGUUUAUUUUUAGUUUAGCAAGAUGGAUUAAGAUGCGAAUGUGUGUGGAGUACGAUACCAGUACCAGUCAACGCCACCUGGAACCAUAUAUCUUUGUGCAAAAGCCGCAAUAACUACGAUUGUCAUAAGCAAUAUAGUUACAAGAAGUUUGAAUUCCAAUUGCAAGGAAUAUAUAUAUAUAAUAUAUCGAUAUAUCAAUGUGUACCAUUCACGUUAACAAGUAAUGUCCGAAAAUAGAAACCCAAAUUCAAAUUUAAAACGAAGCAUUUGUUCCAAAGAUAUCAGAGUUGUUUCCUUCCCGAUUAGUAAAGCUGUUAAUGUACACGAAUAUCCCAACUAUACCGACAAUUAAAGCGCUGACUAUAGCAUCUACUACUACUACCUAAACCGAAAACAUAUAUAUACAAAAUCUAUCAACGUAAUCCGACAUACAAAUUUAUCAAUAAACGUAAACUCAACCAAAACUGGAAUACA